AACUCGGCAAAAGUUAUUGAGACUAAUAAGUUUAGUGUCAAUUAGAGACUUUGGAAAACAUUUACUUCUAAUUGUUGAAUUAACUAAUUUUCGUCUUAAUCAUCACCAUAGAUGUGCCUUUAUCUUAAUUGUCUUUGUUAAUUAACUCAUAGGAAGAGGAAGUAGAACAGUUAAUUUGUCUUUUUCUUUCAUCAUCAAAUUGACUCGAGAUUUUUUUCCGUUUGUUGUUUUUUCAUUUGUUUUGUUUUCUUUUUUUUUCCUCUUCAUCUUCUUCCUCUUGUUGAUAAUAUUUUCAUGUCAUCAUUUGUUAAUUGUUUAAAUUGUUGUUAUAAUUAUUAUACUUUCUAUAUCAUUGUUAUUAACAAUGGUUUCAAUUGUUGAUUGUAAUGGUCACCAUCAAAUGACCUGGAAAUGUUUACAAACUGAUUAAACUAUCAACAAGUCACCAUUUUGUGUGUUCAAUUUUUCAGUUGAAAUCGUAAUCAUCAUAAGUGUCGAACUCAAAUUUAUUAGAACUUUUUGUUUUCUUAUAUUCUUUUCAUCGUCUCGAGAAUUGUUAUUAUUAGUGUUAAUUUGAUUAUCGAAUUGUAAAUCAUUCGUCUAUUGUCAUCAUGGGUAAAGAUCGUUGUCCAAAUGAUGGGACUACACCAAUUUGCCGAUGCCGUGUCAUGUAUUUGGGCUCAUCGGUACCACAUGCAACGAAGGACGGACUUCAAGGUAUCCAGGAGCCUUUGCGUGACCUUUACCCUGAAAGUGGACUUGUCGAUUAUGGUUCCGCUGGAAUUGAUUCUUGGAUAAGUGUUUGGUCAAACGGAAUUUUAAUUGAAAACGUCGACGAUUCCGGACGUGAGAUGAAACGAUUUUUUCCCAUUGAAUCUCUACAUUACUGUGCUGCGGUUCGAUAUGUUGUUAUACCAUCGAUUUCAGGUCAAAAUAAUAGUACCAAUAUGAGUACAAGCGGUAGUGGUAAUAAUAAUACAACGUCAUCACCCAAUGGAGUAUCAGUUACAUCAAAUUCAACACAGCAACAACAACAACAACAACAACAUUCAUCAGGAUCUUCAUCAGUACUUAAUCCAACUUCAGGCCAUCAAUCAAACGGAACCAAUGGUGUUAAUCAUGUGAACAAUUCCCCAACCACCUUGACCAAUGGUGAUGGAGAUAAAAGUUAUGAUAAAGUGGCCAAAUUUCUUCCCCUUGAUAGUCCCUUUCUAAGAGGUGCCGAUAACGGUCACCCGCCUUUGUUUGCUUGUAUCUUACGUCGUACCACUGGUAUUAAAGUGUUAGAGUGUCACGCGUUCAUUUGUAAACGGGAACCUGCCGCUAAUGCGCUGGUUCGUUGUUGUUUCCAUGCUUAUGCCGAUUCAAUGUAUGCCAAACAAAUCGAGGAAAAUCCUUAUUCGCACAUUGGCUCCGGUGUGGGCAGUGGCGGUGGAGGUACCAAUGGAAGCCAUAUGACAACGAAAAGAUCACGAUCCAUUUCCGCUUUAGAUACAGUUGAUAAAGCCGAUGGUAAUUGGAAUGACUCUCAAUCUCGUGAUCUCCUUGAUGAUUUACCACCACCUCCUCCACCUCCACAUCAUCAUGGUACCAAUGGUCAUCACCAUCAACACCAUCAUCAAGCACCUUCUGAAAUUGGUGCAGGUUCAACGGUUAGUCAAUCACCUGAUGAAGAUAAUUACAAGAUAACUUGGCCACCCGGUGGUCCACCUCCACUUUCAAGUGGACAUUAUAUUCGUGAGGGUCCAAUAAACACCAUGAGACCAGGAAUGAUCGGUAAACCUCGUCCAAUGAUCAUUCACAUGGGACCACCGCCCCAUGGAGGUCCUCACCCUCAUCCAGCCAUGAUGACCAGUAAUCAUCCACCACCAUUUGGAAUGCCGAUCGCUCUGAAUGACCAUCCACACGCUGAUAAGAUAUUGAAACAUUCAUUGAAAAAGAAGAAGAAAAAAUCUAAAUCAAAAAUGCUUCUAAACGGAAGUAGUCUACUCAUUGGACCAGGUCCAGGUCCUUUUCCGGUUCCAGUAAAUUUUGUUCAAGUGCCACAAAUAUCACCCCAGGGAUCUGGUCAUCAUCAUCAUCUAAUUCAUCAUCCACACCAUCAUCAACAUCAAUUACCACCACCACCUUCCUCCCACCACCAUCAUCCUCAUCAUCAUAAUACAAUUUAUGGACCUUUACCAAUCCCACCCUCAGGUGGACAACAACCUCCACCUCCACCAGGAUCAACAGCAUAUUCAGUGAGAACACGUUUAAGGCGAGGUCAUCCCUCGGGUGGUGGUGUUGUUGGCCCUCCACCGCCCGGUGAAUAUCCAAUAAUGUUCACUGGUCCCGGUGAUGAGCCCAUUUACAUUCCCCCCAUGAGACCGUUAACACCCUUAAGCAAUUAUCACGGCGGAGGUCACCAGCAUUCAGUUCACCCUCACCAUCAACCCACCGAGUCUCAUUAUGUCUCCUAUCCGGUCACAUAUGGAACUACACCAAGGCGGGAAAAGUACCGAAGCAAAGAUCGGAUCAAUGGUGUUAGUCGAUCAGUUUUGGGAGGUAGCAGUGGGAUUAACGGUGGACACAAUGGAGGAAGUGGUGGCGGUGGUGGAACCACUGGGGAAGAUGAAACUGAAAGAGAUUCAUCACCUUCAGCGGUGGGUUUAUACAAGAGAAAAGGUCACCUUAAUGAACGAGCCUUUUCCUAUUCAAUUCGACAAGAGCAUCGAUCGAGGUCAAACAGUUUGGCAAAUCUUGCAAUCGAUGAUUCAAUUCCGGUUGGUAGACCAAUAAAUGGUUCAGCUGGUGGAUCAGGUUCAUCGGGCGGUGAAAGAGGAGAUGAAGAUCAUCUUCACGAUAAUCAUCAUUCUCAUCAUCACCAAAAUCAUCUUAAUCAUCAUCAUCAACAUUCAUCUUCUUCACAUCAUUCAUCUUCCGUUCGUCAUUCAAUUCAUCACCAUGAUUCUAGAAGAGGAUCAUCUUCCGCUUUCGGUGAUCGAGAAAGGGAAAGAUCGUCCGCUCAUUCAUCAGGUCACUUUGACAGAUCGAACCAUCACCAACAACAACAACACCAUCAUCAUAAUGGUCAUUACGAUGGACCAAGGGAUAGUUUCAUUGAAUAUCGAGAAACCUCUGGACGUCAAAGAGGAAGUUCCGGUGAAAUGGUCAACUCGUUGUCCACCUCAAUGGCCAAUCUCAAUGUCAAUGGUCACUCAAGUUUAGAGUCCAAAAAUGCCCCAAAAACGGCAAGUAUCAAACGAAGCUCAAAACAACGGAACAGCCUGGGAAGCAAAGGAAUGCCCAUAGUCCCACCCUUACCACCGCCGACAUCAUCGCUUUUAACCAACGGUAAUAAAUCAGAAUCUAAAUCAAUGAGGAAAUUGUGAUAAAUCACCAAAACAAUUAAAGAGUAACAAUUAAACGUUACCGAAAGUAAAACAAGUAAACCUCAACUACGAUAAUAAUAAGAAUAAGCCAACAAUUAAAUUUUCCCCUCAAAAAUCAAUCAAUUUGAUUACAAUUAAUUUGCAAUUUACAACGAUAAAUAUAUUAACCUGAAAACCUUAAUUGUUCACAAUUUAAUUCAAACAAUUGUAAUAAUUUUUUUCAACAUCGACUUUUUUUCAUAUAUAAUUUUAAUAUACAAUUUUGAUUAUUAUUAUUAUCAUCAUCUAAUUAUUGAUGAAUUUCAAUUAAUUAAUUAUUUAUAUAAUAACGAUAAUAUAUAUUUGAUUACACAAUUAACAAUUUCUCAACAAUUAACUUUCAAUGUUUCCCUUUUGUCACAAUUUUAAUCACUUAAUUAUUGAUUUAACUUUAACUGUUCACAUUGUAUUACAAUUAACUUAU